AUGUCACUUCCAUCUCCCCGAAGUUGGCGACUCGAAUACUCUGUUUCCAAUAAGAAAUUCUUAAUUGAACAGCUCGGAGUAACAACAAAUACCACUAUCCAUGAGGACAUCUCCGUCGAAACCCUUUGGCAAGUUCUGAAACAUGUCAUGGAUACCAAAAAAGUCAUUUCUGGAAAAGGCAGUAUCCCUUUCUGGGGCGGUUUUCUGGGCUACUUUUCAUAUGAGAUGGGACUCGCUGGGCUGUCUCAUCCCAAGACAUCGCCAAUUGUGGCAUCUCAUGUAGAGGAUUCAGGCUCUACUCAGAAAAACGAAUCCUCCGUCCCAGAUACUAGUCUUUUAUGGGUUGAGAGAAGUAUCGUCAUUGAUAAUGUCUUGCAAACAGCUUUCGUUCAAUCUACACGAGAAAUCGACAACCAGGCAGGUGGCUGGUUAGACACCAUAUAUCAAAAGAUUGAGCAAUUUCAAUCACGGGCAAGUCAAGUUGUUGACAUCAGACACAAAUCAGCCGCCUUGGAGCAAUAUAGUCUUUUGACUUCUGCGGAAAGAGAACUUGUCGAUCAACUUCUCCAAGGAAGCACGGUCAAGAUCCCUGACGAAACGAGAUACAAAUCACAGAUUGCCGAAUGUCAAGAAGAACUGAAGGCCGGCGAGUCAUACGAGCUUUGUCUCACUGGGGAGACAACCAUUACAUUACCAGCAAUUUCUGAUGCAAGACUACGCAAACUCCGCCCUUGGCUGAUAUACAAGAAACUAAAAACAUACAAUCCCGCAGCAUUCAGCGCGUAUGGAAGCUUGGGCAAAGUAAAGAUUGCAAGUAGCAGUCCCGAAUGUUUUCUAAUUUGGGAUCGAACCUCUACUCUGGAAAUGAAACCUAUGAAAGGGACAGUGCGGAAAUCGCCAGGCAUGACUUUGGAAAAAGCCAAAGAGAUCCUAGCCACUACCAAAGAAAUGGCGGAAAAUCUCAUGAUUGCCGAUCUGAUCCGUCAUGAUUUAUAUGGAAUCUGCGGCUCGGGAAAUGUGCAUGUUGAGAAACUUUUGGAUGUUGAGGAUUAUGGGCGUGUAUAUUCGAUGGUUACUCAUGUGAAAGGUAUAGUUGAUCGAACUACGGCAAAAGACACUAAGCAUGAUAGUAUGGCUGCAUAUGGUUUGACUACACUGCAACGCACCUUACCUCCGGGAUCAAUGACGGGAGCACCCAAAGAACGAUCAUGUUUGCACCUCGACAGAAUCGAGGGAUGGAAACGUGGCAUAUACUCCGGCGUCAUGGGCUUUCUGGACCUGGGUGGCUCGGGCAGUUUUUCGGUUCUGAUAAGAACUGCAUUCAGCUGUUCAGAUCAUGAAGAUGCAGCGAGCGCGACAAAGCCAGAGGUAUGGCGGCUUGGUGCAGGAGGCGCGGUGACUAUAUUGAGUACUCCGCAAGGGGAGUGGGAUGAGAUGAUAACCAAGUUACGGACUGUGGUUAGCAUAUUUGAACCAGCCAAGUGA